AUGCCUCAGCGUCAGAAGCGUCCACAACACUCACGUGAUAAAUGCCAUCAGACCCUCAGUAAGUCCCAGGGUCUGGAGGCUGAACAGGUCUCCAGGGCUCUGGAGGAGACACAUCUCUCUUCUCAUUCUCUAAUGCCUGGCAGUUCGAAGGAGGCUGCUGGCAUCCCCAGUACUCCUCAGGAUCCUGAGGAUGUCUGCUCUUCUUCCAUUGCUAUCAAAGCCACCUCACCCACUAAAUCGGAUGAGGGAUCCAAUAGCCAAAAAAAAGAGUAUAUUCUGAGCAUCUCACAGGCUGUGCCAGAUCCCAAGAAUGUGCCCGAUCCCAAGAAUGUGCCCGUAGAUGCUCUAGAGAAGGAAGUGGCUAUGUUGGUAAAUUUCUUGCUAUUCAAGUAUCAAAUGAAAGAGCCGAUAACAAAGGCAGAUAUGUUGAGGGUUGUCAUCAAAGAGUGCGAAGUCUACUUCCCUGAGAUCCUCAGGAGAGCCUCUGAGUGCAUGGAGAUGAUCUUUGGCCUUAAUCUGGUGGAUGUGGAUCGCACCAAUCACCGCUAUAGCCUCUUCAUCAUAUUGGGCCUCACCUAUGAUGGGAUGCUGCACAGUGAAGUGGGCGUGCCCAAGACCAGCAUCCUGAUACUUAUCCUGGGUGUGAUCUUCAUGAGGGGCAACCGUGCCACCGAAGAUGAAGUCUGGGAAGUUCUGAAUGUGCCUGGGAUAUAUCCUGGGAUGAAGCACUUCAUCUUUGGGGAGCCCAGGAAGCUCGUCACCAAAGAUUUUGUGAAAGAAAAAUACCUGGAGUACCGGCAGGUGGCCAACACUGAUCCUCUGCAGUUUGAGUUCCUGUGGGGCCCCAGAGCCCAUGCUGAAACCACCAAGAUGAAGGUCCUGAAGUUUCUGGCCAAGGUCCGUGGGACUGACCCACGUUCUUUCCCAUCUCAGUAUGCGGAUGCUCUGCAAGAUGAAGAAGAGAAAGCCAAAGCCAGAAUUUCAGGCAGGGCUGUCUCCUUCUAUGGCCACUGCAAGUUCUAGUGCCAAGGCUAGCAGCUUCUUCUGCACCUAGGGGAGUCAGGGAUAGUUUCUUCAUGCAUUGAUGGAAGAGGCAGUUAGUGUUGGUAGAAUUUAGCUCUGAGGCGGGUCAGAAAGGAAGAAAAUAUGUUUGCCUGUGUGUUCCUGUUUUGUAUGCAUAAGUUGAAAAUUUAUUCUCUUUUUUGAUGCGUGUAUUACUCAUAUAUUGUUAACUAGUUUCACAGUAUCAAGGUUUACGAAUGAUACUGGUCAUACAUAUACUACUAUAAUGGGGUUUAAAGUAAGAGCUUAAUUUUUUUGUGAAACUGUCCAUCUUAUUUUGUCACCUGGAAUAAAAAGAUGGCAUUGCUGUAGGCAUUUCCUUGCAUAUGUGA